AUGGAAACAAUGCCAAGGAUGAAAGGAUCUCUGUUCACCUCCAUGUUCCUCUCUCUCUUUCUGCUGACCUUGAUGAGCCUAAGCUUUGGCUGGGCAUGGACUGCUCCUGAUUGCACCAUAGCAGACAGCUCCCUGUUGCCUAACAUCUCCUAUUACAUCCCAGUCUGUUCCUUGACCCCAGGACUUCAUCUUUUUGCAUCAUGCUCCAAUGUUAAUGACCUGGCUGGGACCCUCACUGGAGUGCCUCAGAGUAUAGAGGGGUUAUGCCUCCAGGGCACCAUUUCCACCCUGCCAGUUGAUGCCUUUCAACACUUCCCCAAACUUCAGCUUCUGAGGCUGCAGCUGGGCACCAUCAGGAUUUCACCUGGGGCAUUUCAAGGAUUGAACCAGCUGCAGCACCUUUCCUUUGAGCAUCCGGCUCCUUGUUGUGUGAGUCUAUUCCUCCCUCCGGAUGCCCUGGAGCCCCUUAGAUUCCUCAGUAGCUUUUCCUUCCAAAGCUACUGCCUGAAUUAUAGCCAGAGCAUCUGGUUGCCUAUCUGCCUUAGUCGUCUGACCCUAAGGCACAGCUGUCCCACAGAACUGCAGGAACGGCAAGGGCUCUUCCCAAGCCUUGUGUCUGGUUCCUCACCUACAGCCAGCUCUAGCCCAUGGCCACCCUUCCUGGAGGUGCUGAAUCUGUCUGCCAACCUGCAGCUGAAUCAGGUGGGUGUCAAAGUCUUGCAUGGCCUCCAGAUCCAUUUCUUGAGACUAGAUGGUACCCCACUGAGUGAAUUAAAGCUUCUGGACUCAGGACUGCUCCAUCUUGAUUCCCUCUCCCUUGUAGCUACAGGUGCAAAAAUACUGCCUGGGAAUGUGACAGCCUAUUUUGAGCUUCAUGCACUCUACCUUGGGAGAAACCGAAUCCAAAACAUAGGAGAUGGGGAACUCCCAAGCUGCCAUUCCCUGGAACUCCUUAGCCUUCAUGCCAAUGACCUGCAGUCACUUCCCACCAGAUUCCUGAGUGCCCUGUCCCAACUUCAGAGGCUCAACCUAUCAAUGAAUAAGUUGGGCCCAAAUUUGUUGCUCCCAGAGGGGCUGUUCAGCUCAAACCUGAGAGUGCUAGAUCUGUCCCACAAUGGACUCAGUUCUCUGCCCUCUGGAGCCUUUUCCUCUCUUCCUCAACUCCAGGAGCUCUGGCUGAGUGGUAACAACAUCUCCAAUAUAUCCAGUGAGAGCCUGGGAGGACUCAGGUGGCUAAAGACCCUAGACCUGAGUUGGAACCAAAUUAAGGUGCUGAUGCCAAGCUGGCUCUCCUAUCUUCCUGCUCUCACCUCACUGAACCUCCUGGGCACAAAUAUGGAGCAUCUCUCAGGCUCACAGCUCCAAGGUCUGCAGAAACUGAGCCAUCUACAGCUGGGUUCUCCUGAGGUGCUGGAGAUUCACCCUCCAUGGCCUCUGACACUGCUCAGCUUGGAGGCCCGGGCAAACACAUACAUCCAGUUUAGUAUCCCCAGUGGAGAACUCUUCUUGUUCUUAGAGAACCUUACCUUACAAACUACCUAUGUGCUCCUGAGUCCAUACAACACUACAGUCCAUUUCCCUUCCCUUCAUCACCUCACCCUCCAAGGCUGCAGUUCCAACAUUUUCUCUAGCCAUCAACCCCAGAGAUUCUUUUCACAACGUACUCUCCUAGAGCAUUUGCACUCCCAGUCUGAUCGUGACUCUACAGUAGUCCUGCAACUAUUUGGGAUGCCCAGGCUGAGAGUGCUAGAGCUGGGGGACCUGAACUACUUCUAUCAGCCAAGCCCAGUGAAGCUAGAGGUGCUAUUGGAGGAGCUGCCUCAGUUAGAGGUACUGGCGUUAAGUAACAUGAACAUUGGGAACCUCUCCAUCUCCAGCUUCAGGGGCUUGAGCCUCCUCUGGCUGCUAAUGCUGAACUCUGAAUGGGCCCUGGGGCUGGACAGCAGCCUCCAAGAGCUAAUCCCCCAGAUGCCUGAAUAUGUUUAUUUUUCAGAUAUCACCUUCACCUGCCAAUGUGAAAGCUCUUGGGUAGGACCUUGGGCAACACGUGCCCCAAAGUCCUUUGUGUAUGGGCUGGAGAAAUCAAUCUGUAUGGCCAAUGCUUCUGACCACUCAAAAACUCUACUGCUCUCCUUCCUUUCUGGCCACUGCCCUCAUGAUCCUGAACUUCAGUGCUUUCUAACCAGCUUCACUCUUGUGCUUCUGCUGAUCAUAGUUGCACUGCUGGGCUGUCCUAAGUGGCCCUGGCUCCGCUACCUCUGGGCCCUGUUUCAUGCCUGGUGGUGGAAGUUGGGUGGCCGGCACCCCAGAAGCCAGUACCACUAUGAUGUCUUCAUAUCCUAUUGUGGGCAGGACCGAGCCUGGGUGCUGGAAGAACUGGUUCCUGCCCUGGAGAAGCCUCUUCCAACUGGAGAGGGCUUGAGGCUAUGCCUGCCUGAGAGGGAUUUUGGAUUUGGGCAGGACAGGAUGGACACUAUUGCCACCAGCAUGGAGAGCAGCAGAUCUAUCAUCUGUGUGCUCAGCCACCAGGCCCUAGACAGUCCCUGGUGCAAUCUGGAGUUAAGACUCGCCACCUACCACUUGGUGGCCAGGCCUGUGACUGCUCGCCUCCUGCUGCUCUUCCUGGAACCUAUUGAUAGGCGACAGCUGCACAGCUACCACCGCCUUGCCCAGUGGCUCCAGAAGGACUAUUUGGAUUUGCCCCAAGGGAGGGCUGAGUGGGAGACCUUCUGGGAGCAACUUCGGAGAAGACUAAGGAAAGCUGGGCAAGAAAGAGAAGAUUAG